AUUACACUACGCCCUGGUGGUCUCUGGGGGUCUUCGCACUCCUGCUCGUGAUGAUUCUCAGCAUCAUCACUGCUCUUGCCAACCGUCGCAAAAAAGAUCCUCGCAGCCAAUAUAGUCACCCAGAACACCGAGAGUCAGGCUUGUACCUGGAGCCUCUUCCAGGGCCUCGCCAGUCUGACAUGUACCUGGAGCCUCUUCCAGGGCCUCGCCAGUCUGACAUGUACCUGGAGCCUCUUCCACGGUCUCGCCAGUCAGACAUGUACCUGGAGUCUCUUCCACAGUCUCGCCAGUCUGACAUGUACCUGGAGCCUCUACCAAGGCCUCGCCAGUCAGUCCUUGAGCAUGUCUAUGAUGAUAUAGAUGAAGAGAUAUAGAUGAAGAAACUCUGGAUGUUAUUCAGUCUCGCUGUAAUGACCACACCCAAGCUACAUCAGAUAUGAGUGAACGAGUUAAGGCCUUGGAGAAAGGUUGUUGUGACCAUGAUACCACUGUUAAUGUGAUGAUGAUGAAAUUAAUGACGCUUCGAAAGAGUGUGGAUGUCCUGCAAGCUACUUCCUCAUGCCUCACUGAAGAGGUAAAUAAUCUAGCUACCCGGAACACAGAAAUGCAGCAAAUGAUAAUCGAACUGCCUGGGCUUCUCAACACCACAGAUUCACUUAAGGAAUCUGUCUCCAAUGUGACUCUAGACUCAGCUAACAAUCAUGAUGCUUCUAUGCCAGCAACUAGCCCAACACCGGAAAAAGCUCAAUUAGACUUGACCAUCAAAAUGCUCCUAUAGCCAGUGCAGGUAUUGAAACUAGUGUGAAAGAAAAUGCUGGAUUCCAAACCAUGCUCACCCCCCCCCAGUCACCACCCAUCUCACCUCCUCAACCGCACACCCCUCCUCUUAACACAUCAGCUGGGUGUAAACCGCUUCUGGAUGACCCUGAGUCAGUAAGGAGUACAUCGGAAGGCUUCACUAAUUCAGAAGUCUGUCCGAAUCCCUGGUUCCCAGUUCAAAAUCGAAGGAAACGUGAGAGCAAAAUUAAUAUAUGGGUUCCGUGUAGGCUGUGUCAUUGUUGUGGGACGCAAAGUCAGCAUAGACAUCUUUUGCCAGAAAAAAUGUUGUAAAUGUUAAUGGUUAGUAACGUGGGAAACCUCUGAUCACCAGAGUUUAUCGCCUCAAGGCAUGUGACUCCAGUAACCUUAAUAAAUACAUAUGGUGGCAGUGUAGUCAUAUAGGUGACCAAACCACACACUAG